AUGAUCCGAGAUCCGGAAUACGUCAAUAUCGUUUUGAAGAGCUCCUUCGAUCAUUUCUCCGACAGGAUUUUUCUAGUGGACGAGAAAACGAAUCCUCUUGAUGAACAUCUCUUUUUUUUAAGAGGAAACAAAUGGAGAUACCUAAGAAAUAAGAUAUCUCCUCUUUUCAGCCAAGUUAAGCUGAAGUGGAUGUACGAAGAAAUUGACAAAUGUGUUAAUCUUUUUGAUGAGUGCCUUGCCGAAUUAAGUGAUGGAAAGGAUUUAGACAUAAAAGAAUUAUUGGCAAGAUAUACUACAGAUGUGGUUGCUUCCUGUGGAUUUGGAAUCGAACCUCAAUGUUUAAAAAAUCCUAGCUCAGAAUUUAGGAAAAUUGGAAGAGAGUAUUUUGAUCCUAAUAAGAUAAACAUGCGUAUGUUAUUUUUACGUUUAUCUAUACCACGUUUACUGAUGUGGUUUAAAAUUAAAACAGUAUCAGCAAAAAUCAAUAAUUUUUUCCUUACGACAACAAAAAAUAUUUUGCAUCAUAGGAGAAGUACAGGAGUAGUAAGAAAAGAUUUUGUCCAAUUACUUCUCGAACUGAAAGAAAAAGGGACGGUUGAGAUAGAUACUACAGAAAUAGAAAAAGAUGAAACGUAUAAAGAAUCUCCCAAUGAGAAAAUAGAGACAUUGAGGAUAUAUCCAUCUGUGCCUGCCUUGAAUCGAGAAUGUAUGAAGGAUUUUACCUUACCCGAUGGAACCGUCAUUGAGAAAGGACUGCACGUUCUAGUACCAAUUUUAUCGUUACACAGGGAUCCCAAAUAUUUUCCAGAACCUUUGGAAUAUAAACCUGAUAGGUUUGAAAAUCCACCAGUCAAUGGAACCUACAUGCCUUUCGGAGAUGGACCAAGAACUUGCAUUGGUAAACUUCCACUCUUAGCUCUGUUACCUUUCUGCUGUGGUGGCAUCCAACAGCAGGGCGGGAAUCAAAGAAAACGAUUUGCCGAAGCUGCUAUGACAAGUGUUUUAGCAAGGUCAUUGGAAAAGUACAAGUUCGAAUUGAGCCCUAUGAAUAACUGUGGUGACAUCAAGCUGAACCCUAAAGUUAUUACUUCCUCUCCUCUUCACGGAAUUUUCUUAAGAAUUCAUAAACUCUAA